UACAUGUCAAGCGGUCUUGCUUCAAGAAAAUAACCUCAAAAAAGGUUUGUUUUGUUUGAAUAUAAUUUUGUUAGCGGGUAAAAAGUAAUUAUGCACUCGUUUCUUUGAAUCUGGAAAAUUACUUGUUUAGGAAAAUAAUCACAUAUUAAAAUGAACAUCAAGGAACACGACAAUUUUAUGGUUGGUGUCCAGCAUGCUUUAAGCUUACCAAUUCGAGCAAGAUGCGCUGAACUAACAGUGCUCCUAGAUCGAGGAAGUCUUUGGAACUCCAUAGCUUUUUUCCGGUGCUCAUAGACAAUAUAUUUGGGCCACAAGGGACAUUAGCAUGGGGAUUACGAACUAUAACAGAAGCACAGGCCGAAGACUUUCAUCAGCUUCAUCAUUUUCUGUCACCCUGUGGACCAUUGUUCAAACUAAUAUAUGCUUUGUUGAAAGAUCCAAAUAUAAAAUAUGAGUUUCCUUUAUCAUACUUACCAACAAAGAUAAGACAGUUCUUGGACUAUUCACAUGGACAUCCUUUUUAUUCAGAACUUGUUCAAUGUAAUCCACAGACAAAGCAAAUUAUCUCUUUGUUUUUGAAUCCAUUUGAUUACUAUAUAUUCCACUUUGCUUAUCAUCUAAUCAACCCAUGGCAACAGAGGACUGGAGCAUAUGUUACAUCCUGGAAUACUGUGUAUUAUGUACUUUGCUGUGAUUAUAUCAUCCACUUUUUGCCCACUGACCCUCAAGCUGUAGUCUUACCAGUCAUUUAUUAUAAUGGAAAGAACCCUCUACAGGCAUUGAAAAGUAGCUUACUGGAUCAGCCACCAAGUUCUGGAUUAAUAAAUCCCGAUAGUGUCAAAAACUCCGAUGAAGCACAUCAUAAGAAUUUAGAUGUACACCAUCCAAGAAAUGAUAUCUGGAGGAGUGAGACAGUCUUAACAGUUUUUACAGAUAUGUGGUUACACAGUAACCAAGUAAACGAGCCAGCAAAUAUAUUAAAUACUUCUUAUGCUAAUAUACCUCCUAUGCGACUUUAUCCAAAUGAACUACCAACUGGUGAAUACAUGCGUGUCGUGAGAGUUCUAAUAAAACAGUUACAUGCAUUUGCCCAAAGUGCCAAGGCAGAUGACACGCAUCUGGCCGAACUGAAGAAAAUAACAAUACCAAUGAUACAAGGAAAAUUUUAUAUAUUCCUAAGGAACUUGAUACAUAGGUGGCCUUUGGAUGGGUCAUUCAGGCUGGUUUUGGAACUUUGGUUAACCUACAUACAACCAUGGAGGUACCCGCCAAACAACCUGAUCAAAUACCUCAACAAAAGGAGUCCUAAUCCAGACGCAGAGGAUGUCACAUUAGCGCCCCAGAAUUCAGUAGACAGAGAAUAUCUGCCAUUUAUAGCAGAAAAUCUGCUGACAUAUGUGGUGAUAUUCCAGCAAUUGUUACCGAGGUUUGGAAGGGUAGAUUUAACCAGUCCAAAGAUGUCUCUUAUGCUGUAUAGAAUCACAAAGGUAUUUGACCAGCCCAACCUACCAGCCUAUCUCCGAGAAGUAGAACAAUGCGUAGAAAGUGAUAGGGUUGUCUACCUUUGGGAAGGAGAAUCCCCACAUCAUAGACACGUGACAAACCAUUGGACAAACAACCUACCUCCUUUAUCGCCAACAUCAAAUUGGUCCACCAACACAACAUUCGAAGCCUCCAAAAAGCCGAGCAUUAGUCCUAUCAUCAAUAGAACUUCUUUUCUCAGUAGGGAUUCGUAUAUGGAGAAGAAGUGGUCGACUAUAGUCAAACAAACGAUUUUUGAACUGGAAGGGCCGAAUUUUGUUUAUAAGCCACUGUUUUCAGAUCCACCAGCCACCGAGGUGUAUGAUUUGGUAAUUCAAAUAAAAAGAUCGAUAAGGCAAGCCGAGGAAAUUGUGAAAAUGAAAAUAUUAGAAGAGGAAAAAAUGUAUUCUGGCUUCUGGGGUCACAUAAAAUAUUUCUUGCAAGGCUCAGUUUCAAAUGACGAAUUUACACUGAAAGAUCGGCAGAAGGUUCCAAUGUAUAUGCAGGUUGCCUUGCAGAAUCUAAUUGAUAUGUUCAGUAUCACUGGAGAGAUUUGCGAAGCAGAGCCCGAAUCUUCAUCGAGUACACUAAACAACAAUAGCUUCGAUAUGUCCUAUGAUUUCAAAUUCCUUACACCAGAAAGUGUGCGAGAAAGGAUGAAAUAUAUUAAAUAUGACGGUGAUCCCGAUUUACAUCCUAUUAGGAGUACAGAAAAUCCGUUUCUAGUUAGAAUGCUGUAUCAGAUAUCUUUGAAAAUCAAUGAAGUUCAUGGUCAAACAUUCUACCGUCUCUACCACCAACCAACGUUCAUAGGAAGAUUAACAAGGCAGCUUCUCUGUCCACCAAUGACUAUUUACAAAUACGAUAAGUCUACACCUGGAUCUCCAAGAAUCAGCACGAACCUGCCGGCUAGGAUUAGUAUGCGCUUUUUGGCCAGUUACAGAUUCCUAACUUACCUUUGCAUUGGAGCAUUUCUUGCCUGGCUGUUUGGAUACAGAAUUGAAGUAUAUUUUAUAUUUUUGAUCGUGUUUUUCCUGUUCUACAAAUGCAUAAAGGCGUUGCGAAAAGAUGAAAUACCUGUUAGGCAUAACUACCCAACGCAAGGUUUCGGGAACAUUAGCUUUAAUGAUUCGUUCUAGACCUGAGUAGCAAUGUUUUGUAAUUUUUAUUGGUAUAUUUAUUAAAGUGAUUUUUCUAAUCGUGA